GCCUUGUGUUCCUGACCGCUAGCAGAGACAAGGAUAACAAAUGGAAGGUUAGCGGGGAUUGUCAAGUAACCUUUAUCAAAAACCUGCACCCGAUAUAGAGUAUUUGUCAUAUACAGCGAAAGGAUUUUCCUGUGGUAUGAAAAGGAAGGUUUGGUCCACUCAUACAUUGUGAUCUGAAACAUGGAUUCCCAGAAAGUCCCCCUCCUCAGACGAACGGAUUCAGCCCAGGGGGACUUUUCACCUCUGAAACACUUUGUAGUGGCCAAGAAAAAGAUCGGUGAUGUGUUUGAACAACUCCUGCAGUAUGUGAAAGAAGCCUCUGCGUUUGUAGAAGAAACCUGCCAGAAUGAAGCCUUGGAAAACAUUGCCAGCCAGGACCAACAGGAGCAGAUUCAGGCUUAUGCAGACAAACUGGCUGUUAUCAAAGAAGUUUUAGCGCGCAGACACAUGAAGGUGGCCUUCUUUGGCAGAACAAGUAAUGGAAAGAGCACUGUAGUCAACGCCAUGCUGAGGGACCGAGUUUUGCCCAGCGGCAUCGGCCACACCACGAACUGCUUCCUGAGCGUGGAGGGCACGGACGAGGACAAGGCCUAUCUCAAGACGGAGGGCUCCGAAGAGGAGAAGAGCAUCAAGACAGUGAACCAGCUGGCACAUGCUCUGCACAUGGAUGAGAGCCUGGACGCAGGCUGCCUGGUGCGAGUCUUCUGGCCCAAGACCAAGUGUGCUCUGCUGAGAGACGACCUGGUUCUGGUGGACAGCCCCGGGACUGAUGUCACAACACAGCUGGACAGCUGGAUCGACAAGUUCUGUCUGGACGCCGAUGUGUUUGUUCUGGUCGCCAACUCGGAAUCAACACUCAUGAACACGGAGAAGCACUUCUUCCACAAGGUGAACGAGCGCCUCUCCAAGCCCAACAUCUUCAUCCUCAACAACCGCUGGGACGCCUCGGCCAACGAGCCCGAGUACAUGGAGGACGUACGGAAGCAGCACACGGACCGCUGCGUCAACUUCCUGGUGGAAGAGCUGAAGGUGGUGGACCGCGAGCAGGCCCCCAACCGCAUCUUCUUCGUCUCGGCUAAAGAGGUGCUCAACUCCCGCAUGCAGAGAGCCCAGGGCAUGCCCGAGACCGGUGGCGCUCUGGCAGAGGGCUUCCAAGAGAGGCUCAGAGAGUUCCAGAGCUUUGAGAGGAGGUUCGAGGAGUGUAUCUCGCAGUCAGCAGUGAAAACAAAGUUUGAGCAGCACACGAUCAGGGCCAAGCUAAUCGCAGGGAAGGUCAAAGCCAUCAUGGACGCCAUCAACAUCGAGUCGGCCGAGAAGAGAGUGCUGUCGCUGGAGGACCGCGAGUACCAGAUGGACCGUCUGGAGUUUGUGAAGAACCAGCUGAACCUGCUCAUCCAGGACAUCAAGAUGAAGAUCAAGACCAUCACUGAGGAGGUGGAGGCCAAGGUUUCCAGUGCUAUGGGCGAGGAGAUCUGUCGCCUCAACGUGAUCAUCGACGAGUUUCACGCCGACUUCCACCCCUCCCCCCACGUCCUCAAGAUCUAUAAAACGGAGCUGCUGGCCCACAUAGAGCAGGGCAUGGGCAAGAACCUGGCCUUCCGCUGCUCUGACGCCGUCAACGCCUCGGUGCAGUGCUCCCAGAAAGACAUGAUCGAGAGCCUGCAGCCUCUGCUGCCCCCUGCUGUCCAGAGCCAACUCCACAUGCUGAUCCCCAACAGGAAGUUUGACCUGAGCUACGACCUCAAUUGCGCCACGCUCUGCUCCGACUUCCAGGAGAACAUCGAGUUUCGCUUCUCCCUGGGCUGGAGCGCCCUGGUCAACCGCUUCCUGGGGCCCGCCAACGCCCAGAGGGCCCUCAAACUGGUGGACCAGAACUUCCAGGUCCCCCGCCCGGCGCUGCCCAUGGCCCGCACCCCCUCCAGCGGCCCCCCUGCCGUGGCCCCGGCCCAGGACGGGCCCCUCAUGACCCAGGAGGACCUCAUGCUGUCGGUGGCCACCAACCUGGCGUCCCUCACCUCGCGCACCUCCAUGAGCGUGGUCAUCGUCGGCGGAGUGGUGUGGCGAACGGUGGGCUGGAGGCUGAUCGCCCUGUCAGCCUCGCUCUACACCCUGCUGUACCUGUACGAGAAGCUCACCUGGACCACCAAGGCCAAGGAGCGCGCGCUCAAGCGUCAGUUUGUCAACUACGCCACGGAGAAGCUCCAGCUCAUCGUCAGCUUCACCAGCGCCAACUGCAGCCACCAGGUCCAGCAGGAGAUGGCCUCGACCUUUGCGCGGCUGUGCCAGCAGGUGGACCUGACGCAGAGGGAGCUGGAGGGGGACAUCAGCCGCCUGACCACCAAGGUCCAGCAGCUGGAGAGCGUCCAGGGCCACUCCAAGAGCCUCCGACACAAAGCCACCGAGCUGGAGAGCCUGCUGGAGACGUUCACAGCCCAGUAUCUCCAGCCUCCGCAGUGAUGGGACGGCGAUCGCUACAACCCCCUCUCUCUCUCUCUCUCUAUCUCUCUCUCUCGAACCUCCAGUUCGAGCGCCCGGCGUCGGCCUAGGCCUGUUUGGACCCCCCCCCCCCCCCCCCCUGUUUUUCACUGCCGUUUUUACGACGUGGGUUAUGAGAACAACACAGGUCCACCCUCGACAGCCCUCUCCCCUCCCCUCAGGACGUCUCUCCUCCCAGGAACAGAUGUUUGUGAGUGUGUGUUCCCGCGCUGCGAGCAACCAGAACUGUCCAACCAAAACACACUGCCUGUAAUACAAAUGUUUUUGUUUUUGUAUCGUGUGCGCGUCGGGUGGUGUGAAUGCGUUCCGAAGACUCAGACGUUACAGGAUCAAUCCGUAACCCUUCACGCAGCUGGAAGACCAGUGGUCCGGUGCUGUACGUUGACACUACUGUACUCCUGACUGUGAAUAUGCCUUUCGACUAACUUCUGAAGUUUAGCGUGUGUGACAUAUUUGUAGAUUCCGAUUUUGUUCCUGCAUGGCGAUUUUUAUUCAGAGCAGAGAAUGCUCUGGCUACUUUUGGCAAAGAUUCAACUAACGACAACAACAAAAAAGGAUGAUCAGUGUGAAUUAUCAGGGUCCACGCGUAGUCGCAACCUGAAAAGAGUGCAACUUGAAGGAGAAAGGCCUUUGUUCACUUGAGAUUCUUGUUCUUAAGUGAAACGGUAUUCAUGAUUUCGGAGAACUCGUUUCCAAACUAGGAAAUUGAAGCUGUAUAGAUUGUAGCUUUUUGAUAACUUGAACCAUUUUAUAAGUUACUCAGUUGUUUCUACUAAUUUGACCUUUAACUGAGAAUUUAAACCUUUUCACUUGUAUCAAAGACAGUUACUUUUUUCCUUGAUGAAUGUGAAUUCUGAUACCUGAUUUAAGAGAAUCCACUGUAUUAAACUACUACUUGCCAUGUCA